CUCGGGUGGAAGGAGCAGCCCUGAGAAGGCGGCGCUCUCGCCCUGCCUCUCCUCCCUCCUCUCUGCUUUUUCUCUCUCCGUCAGGAUCGCCUUGGACGAUGCCCUCGCUGCCAGCCAUCGCCCAUUAGAGACCCCCCAAGCCCGGGGGAGCAGGAGGGGACCCCUCGCAAGCCCCCCAGGAGAAGCCCCAAGGAAAGAAAGGGGGAAAAGAAGACAGUAAGAAAGAAAGAAAGAAAGAAAGAAAGACAAAAGGCAAGCCCUAGAUAGACAUAUACCCAUUGAGAAGAAGAAGCCUUUGCAGUCCCUUGGAAAAGACAGACCAAGCCUUGCAACAUUGUGUUGUGUUUUGUGUUGCUAGUGUUUUGUUUAUCUUGCUUCUCUACCAUUGCGUUUCCCCGACAAUUUCCCGACAAUUGCAAGCUGCCACUUGGAUGCAACGUUUGGAGUGAAGCAAAGGAAGAAGAUACAACGAAGGAAAGAAAGAAAGGGAAGGUUAUUUGAUUUUGUCCCCUCCCUUGGCUUGGUCCCUUGCUCUUCUUCUUGGCCUCGAUUUGGCUCACCUUUUGGGGAGCUCGGCCCUGCCCUUUUUGUAUUAUUUGUUAUCGUUUUUCUACAAGGGGGGAUUCACCCUUUUUGUGAGCGUGCCCACCAUGGGAUGUACCCUCAGCGCGGAGGAGAGAGCCGCCUUGGAAAGGAGCAAAGCGAUCGAGAAGAACCUCAAGGAAGAUGGCAUCACCGCCGCCAAGGACGUCAAGCUCCUCUUGCUGGGAGCUGGUGAAUCGGGGAAAAGCACCAUUGUCAAGCAAAUGAAGAUCAUCCACGAAGAUGGCUUCUCCGGCGAAGACGUGAAACAAUACAAGCCUGUGGUCUAUAGCAACACCAUCCAGUCGCUGGCUGCCAUCGUCCGCGCCAUGGACACGCUGGGCAUCGAAUACGGUGACAAGGAGCGACGGGCCGAUGCAAAGAUGGUCUGCGACGUGGUCAGUCGGAUGGAGGACACGGAGCCCUUCUCCCCGGAGCUCCUUGGGGCCAUGAUGAGACUCUGGGCGGAUUCCGGCCUCCAGGAAUGCUUCAACCGGUCCCGAGAAUAUCAGCUUAAUGACUCUGCUCAAUACUACCUAGACAGCUUAGAUAGAAUUGGAGGCGCGGACUACCAGCCAACAGAGCAAGACAUCCUUCGAACCAGGGUCAAAACAACCGGAAUCGUAGAAACCCAUUUCACAUUCAAAAACCUCCACUUCAGGCUCUUUGAUGUCGGGGGCCAGAGGUCAGAACGCAAGAAAUGGAUCCACUGUUUCGAGGACGUCACAGCAAUUAUUUUCUGUGUCGCGCUGAGCGGAUACGACCAGGUGCUCCAUGAAGACGAGACCACGAACCGCAUGCAUGAAUCACUGAAACUCUUUGAUAGUAUCUGUAACAACAAGUGGUUCACGGACACAUCCAUCAUCCUCUUCCUCAACAAGAAGGACAUCUUCGAAGAGAAGAUCAAGAAGUCCCCAUUAAUGAUCUGCUUUCCGGAUUACCCAGGUCCCAACUCUUUCACCGAAGCCGUGACUUACAUCCAGUCCCAGUACGAGAGUAAGAAUAAGUCGACCAACAAGGAGAUCUACACGCACAUCACGUGUGCCACCGACACCAACAACAUUCAGUUUGUCUUCGACGCUGUAACCGAUGUCAUCAUUGCCAAUAAUUUGCGCGGAUGUGGACUAUAUUAAAAAAAAUCCCUUCUUUCCUCUUUCUUUCUUUCCUUCCUUCUUUCCCUCUUUCGCUGUUUCUUUCUUCAUUUCUCUGCCACACACACUCAAUUUAAGCCAAAAUCCUACAGCCAUAUUUCGGAUGAAUUGCAAUACAUUAAGUAUUAAAUCGCUUGGGUAGGGUUGUUCCUUGGACAUGUUGUGCCCCUUUUAUUAUGGACAUUUGGAGGAAUAGGUCUCACUCGCUGUGGUAUGGAGCAUAGGAACCCUGCAAAAGUUUUUUAAAACAAGCGGCAGAGUUUGGUGGGGAAGGAGUUGCCAAGCUCAUUCAUCGCUAUGAGAUGUGCCUAGAUUUGAAUGGUGACUAUGUUGAGAAGUGGUAUUUGGGUGUGGCUUUCAACUGUAUAUGGUCAAUGUUUUCUUCUAUACUUUUUGAGGACACAAGUGGCAGAGUUUUGUGGGGAAGGAGUUGCCAAGCUCAUUCAUCGCUAUGUGAAGUGCCUAGAUUUGAAUGGCGACUAUGUUGAGAAGUGGUAUUUGGGUGUGGCUUUCAACUGCAUAUGGUAAAUGUUUUCUUCUAUACUUUUUGAGGACGCAAGUGGCAGAGUUUUGUGGGGAAGGAGUUGCCAAGCUCAUUCAUCGCUAUGUGAAGUGCCUAGAUUUGAAUGGCGACUAUGUUGAGAAGUGGUGUUUGGGUAUGGCUUUCAACUGCAUAUGGUAAAUGUUUUCUCCUAUACUUGUUGAGGAUGCAAGCGGCAGAGGUUUGUGGGGAAGGAGUUGCCAAGCUCAUUCAUCGCUAUGAGAAGUGCCUAGAUUUGAAUCGCGACUAUGUUGAGAAGUGGUAUUUGGGUGUGGCCUUCAACUGCAUAUGGUAAAUGUUUUCUCCUAUACUUUGUUCAUUUUUAAUGCUAACUUUAUCACCCAAGUGAAUGUCUUUCUAGAAAUCUCUAGGUCCUCCAGUAUAACUCUACAAUCAAUUUCCGGCAGAAAUUGACCAUACAUUACACUGGAGGACCUAUCAAUCAGGGGCAGCUAAUGACUCUGAACAAAGGAUUCCCCCCGGCCAGGAUGUGAGGCUGGGGAGGCCAUUUAAUGCUAACAAAGGUGAUUAAUUACAACAUUCACACUGGCCUCCAACAGACAAUUCUUCCUCCCCGCCCAGGAACUUCCACAGAUAUAUAAACCUUCCUUGCCUCGUUUCUCCAUACCUCACAACCUCUGAGGAUGCCUGCCAUAGAUGUGGGCAAAACGUCAGGAGAGAAUGCUUCUGGAACAUGGCCAUACAGCCUGAAAAACAUACAACACCCUAUGAUCCCGGCCAUGAAAGCCUUCGACAACACAUUGAGCUUCGAAAUAUAUGAGGGUUAUCCAGAAAGUAGGUUACAUUUUGGAAUUAAAAAUGAACAAAGUAUUGGAGAAAACAUUUACCAUAUGCAGUUGAAAGCCACACCCAAAUACCACUUCUCAACAUAGUCGUCAUUCAAAUCUAGGCACUUAUCAUAGCAAGAAAUGAGCUUGGCAACUCCUUCCCCACAAAACUCUGCCGCUUGCGUCCUCAACGCAGCAUUUUGACGACGAUGCACAGCUGCGGGAAAGGGUGACUGGCUGGUUGAGGACGCAAGCGGCAGAGUUUUGUGGGGAAGGAGUUGCCAAGCUCAUUCAUCGUUAUAAUAAGUGCCUAGAUUUGAAUAGCGACUAUGUUGAGAAGUCGUAUUUGGGUGUGGCUUUCAACUGCAUAUGGUAAAUGUUUUCUCCUAUACUUUUUGAGGACGCAAGCGGCAGAGUUUGGUGGGGAAGGAGUUGCCAAGCUCAUUUAUCGCUAUGAUAAGUGCCUAGAUUUGAAUGGUGACUGUGUUGAGAAGUCGUAUUUGGGUGUGGCUUUCAACUGCAUAUGGUAAAUGUUUUCUCCUAUACUUUUUGAGGACGCAAGCGGCAGAGUUUGGUGGGGAAGGAGUUGCCAAGCUCAUUCAUUGCUAUGAUAAGUACCUAGAUUUGAAUGGCGACUAUGUUGAGAAGUGGUAUUUGGGUGUGGCUUUCAACUGCAUAUGGUAAAUGUUUUCUCCUAUUCUUUGUUCAUUUUUAAUUCCAAAACGUAAUCUACUUUCUGGAUAACCCUCGUAUGAAGACCGAGAGCUGGAAUGCCAUUGCUUUCUCUGAGCGAACUAAGCAAUCUGCAUUCUCCAAGGGCCAAAUCUUAGAUCUGUCAGUUUCGUGGACCUGAAGGGAAAAUGGAUCAGGAUUGAUCCAAUUCCUUGUGAUGGAGAGUAUUAACCCUUUCCCUUCCGCUGUGUUCCAGUUAGCUCCUCUUCAGCAGCUCUUUGCAAUGAGAAGCAAUAGGGCGUUUUCUUAAUUCCUGGCGGUUGUCUUAGAAUUAAAGAUUUAGCCUCACCUUCUUUCAAUGCAGCAGCACCGAUAUGAAAUAUUAAUGCAUGCACACGUGACACUCAGAUGCACAUAUGCAUUGCAUUGCUACGAUUAUUUUGUAAAAACUAGAGCGUCGUAUUCAUGUAUUUCUCUUAUUCUCGCAUCUGUUAUGAAAUAUCCAUUGUGGCACCGUCGGUUGAUUUUUUUUUCCAAGGCUUAAUAAUGCAUGAUUAGGAAGAGUUCUCUCGUCUUCACGGGUUUUUGUGCCUUUCUUUUGGCAGUGCCUUAAAAAGCACAAAUAACCUAGAUAUUCAGGAUGGUUGGCCUUUUAUUUAUCCCAGUAUUAAAUGGAAUGGUUUGGCUUGAAUUUGGCUGAACGGGGGCAGUCUGAGAUUUUGUAUUUAAUUGUAGAUGCCAACAAUAAGUGCCUGUUUUGUGAUGCAUCUACAUUGCAGAAUUAAUGCAGUUUGGUGCCACUUUUGCUGUCAUAAUUGAACACUAUGGGAUCAUGAAUUUUGUAGUUUACUGAGGCACCGGCACUCUUGGGCUUUGUAAAACCACAACUCCCAGGAUUCCAUAACAUUGAGCAACGACAAUUGUGAAACUGCAUUAAUUCAACAGUGAUGCAUCUCCAUAUCAACAAGAAGUGUUGUUCAACACAAAGUGGCUUGCAAAGUGAGUUUGAAGGUAUUUUUCCAAGGGUCUUUCAGAGCAAACACCAUUAAUGGCGAUGAGCAAACCCAAGAGUUGUCUUGCCCCAAUAUUGCAACUUUUAUUAGUCCCUGUAACAGUAAUAAUCUAUAUAUAUAUAAAUGUAAUGUGCGUUUUUCCCAUGGAGUAAACAACAAAACCACUGGACCAAAUCACACCAAAUUUGGCCAGAAAAAACAUAAUCAUCCAAUCUAUGUCUUUCCAUCAAAAAACCCUAUAAAAUUAGGUCCAAAUAACAGAAAACACCCAAAACCAAAAAUUACAAAUUACGCAUGCGCAGAACCCCCUCCUCCCGGGAAACAUGGCGAUGUUAACCAGAUGGGCGGGGCUUCAAUGCAUGGCUGAGCACAGCUAGACAUAUUCCAGACAGGAAACAACCAGAGCCAGCUAACACCUCCCAACAAAGGAUUCCCCCUCAGAGUCGUUAUUAUUAUUAUCAUUGUUAUUAAUGGGUUCCUGGGAAUCAUCAAAAUGAACAAAACCUGGCAGCCAGCAUUUAAAAAACUCUACAGUCUGGACAGUAAAUAAAGAACAACACUCUGAAAGUAAGGGUAUUCCAGACAGGAAACAACCAGAGCCAGCUAACACCUCCCAACAAAGGAUUCCCCCAGGCAGGAAGCAACCAUGCUUUGAAGCAGCAAGCUCAUUCAGUGCUAAUCAAGGCGACUAAUCACAACAUUACAAACAAAAACCCACUUAGGAUGAUGCCACCGCAACGCGUGGCCGGGCACAGUUAGUAAUAUAUAACUUUAUUUUUAUUUUCCCACCUCCAUCUUCCCGAAGGGACUCAGGGCAACUCACAUGGGAACAAGCCCAAUCAACACAGUUAAAAUAUAGCAUAGGAUUAAUAUAAACAACAUCAUAAUAAACAAAAUAGGUAAACAGUGUAAUGCAAAAUAUGUUCUGACCUGUGCUAAAGAAGUUUGUGUAGGUUGCCAAAUAUUGUAGUAGCUAAACAGCGGGGAGGACCAUGUGUUUUGUUGCCAAGUUUCGUGGUUCUGGGUUUUGUAGUUCUGCUGUUUUUAUUAAGGUAGAAAUGGACAGAACAGAUUUAUAUAUAUAUAUAUAUAGAUAAUAUAUGCAAGAGUUGUAUGUUGCUGUUUAUGGCAUGACUUCAAAGGAGCCGUGGCAGCCUGUCUUAUUGAUUCCUCCAUUGCCGUAUAAAUCGGAUGACUACCAUGCUAGAGCCGAGCUUUCGGUCCCAAACCUUCUCAGCCUCCCAGGCUUGCUGCUUCCUCAUCCGCUGCUUAGUCCAAACCGGUUAUGGGGCAGCAAAAGAGGGUCAGACCAAAGGGCCGCCUUCCCUGGGAAAGGGAGGCGAGAACAAGACCCAGGAAGCCGGCCAGGGAAUCAAAGGCAUCUCCUUGGCCAACUGGGGAGCGGGACGGGAAGCUUCAACAAACCUGCAAAUUGUGUCUCUGGCAGCUUUAUCCUUUUCCCAAAACAAGUGCCAAACUUUGAGGCCUCUUUAUAGAGUUGGUCAAGUGUAUGCGCAGAGUAUUGAGCAUCUGGGGAGGAAGAGAACAUGUCCCACCAGCCCAUGUUCAGCUUCUAAGUCUUUCCCAAAGAAUGGCACAAAGUUCUUUGAUUGAUUUUGUUGUUUUGUUUGGAUUCAAUGGACAGCGGCCGAUUCACACUAAACAAUUAUAGUGUGAUGAUUCCACUUGUGUUGCCAUAGAUGUGUUCUACGGAAGUCUGUUGUUUGUUGAUGCUUUGAGUUUUGUUUAAGAGAAGAAAACAACAACAACAGUAAUAAUAAUAAUAAUAAUAAUAAUAAUAAUAAUAAUAAUAAUAAUAAUAAUAAUAAUGAUAUCUGAGCUCUCUGGCUGAAAAUUAUGAGUACUCUGAACUCUAAAUCUCUGUGCUUCUUUCAUUGGUGAGGGAAUUAUAAUUUGUAGUGUGAGUGUGUCCCAUGUUUUGCAUUCAAUAGAAACUUUUCUGCUAAAAUAUGUGCUAGAAAAUAUAGGUUUGUACACACAGGUCUAGCAAAUAGUGCAAUCCGGUCUCAGGUUCUGUAUCCACAGAAGCAACAAUCCAUAGUAAAGGUAAAUGUUUUCCCCUGACAUUAAGUCCAUUUGUGUCCAACUCUGGAGGUUGGUGCUCAUCACCAUUUCUAAGCCGAUGAGCCGGCGUUGUCCAUAGACACCUCCAAGGUCAUGUGGCCACUGGCAUGACUGCAUGGAGCGCCGUUACCUUCCAGCCGGAGUGGUACCUAUUGAUCUACUCACAUUUGCAUGUUUUCGAACUGCUAGGUUGGCAGAAGCUGGGGCUAACAGUGGGCACUCACUCUGCUUCCGAAAUUUGAACCUGUGACCUUUCGGUCCGCAAGUUCAGCAGCUCAGCGCUCUAACAUGUUGCGCCACCGGGAUAGCUUGUAAAUAUUCCAGAAAGCACACCUUGAUUUUCUUGUCUUGUAUAAGGGAUACUGUUUUUCGAUGGCACUGUUAUAUAACGGGACUCGAAACAAAACAAAACAUGAUAUUGCAAAACAAUAAAACAAAACAUGAUAUUGCUUAGGGUUGCCAUAGGUUGGGAAGGACUUGAAGGCACACGACAAAGAGAAGAGACACACUCAGAGUAAGAUACAGCCUGGAGAUAAGGUGGGAUUGGAUGGAGUGUGCAGUGAGGUCAAGUGCAGGAAAAUGAAGUGGGAUCAAGAAGAAAAUAUGGAAGAAAUGUGCCAACAAGUAAGACUACAAAUAGGAAGUGAGGGCCAAGAAGUUCCUUAAAGGUCUGGUGAAGAAGGCAGAGCAAGGAGAGGUGAAGAUUUCAAUGGAUAGUCAGGUUUAGGAGGUCAAGAAAGGAGGUUACUUACCCUUCUGACUGUCAGCCAGGGAGAGAACGGCUCUUCCUCGUCCUCUGUAAUUUGGACUUUAUUUUUCUAGGUUUUUUUAUUGAAAGACAUAGAUUGGAUGGCUGUGUCUCUUGUGGCCAAAUUUGGUGUGAUUUGGUCCAGUGGUUUUGUUGUUUACUCCAUGGGAAAAACGCACAUUACAUUUAUAGAUAGAUAGAUAGAUAGAUAGAUAGAUAGAUAGAUAGAUAGAUAGAUAGAUAGAUAGAUAGAUAGAUAGAUAGAUAGAUAGAUAGAUAGAUAAUUAUGUAGUAAUUAUGACUAUGUCUCUUGUGGCCAAUUUUGGUGUGAUUGGUCCAGAUGGUGGGCUCUUCUUUGGAGAUGGAUACUUCAGCUGUGGAUUCUUGUGUUGGAAGAGAGUUGCUCUAAAUGGGUUUCUUUCCAACUCUAUGAUUCUGAAAUAACAUUCAGAUUCGAGCUUUUGCCUGUUGAAAAGGUGGAAAGGUGUGGCUUCAGGGUUGUGGUCUUAUGUCUGAAGGUGAUUUUGAAGUAGAAAUCCAGAAAUGUUUCCAGCUGACUGUCUUAUAAACCUCCCUUCUGACUACCUUGAAAACUAAAGACAACUAGGGUGUCUUUCAGAUGAAACGGAAGGGUUCAUUUGUAGCAAGUAGAGCCAAAUGUGGGUUUAUUCUAUGGGAUAAGAAACGGGUCUUGUUGAAGGUUGGGGCAAGUGUGAGAAGUCGGUGUUGGCUUUGGCAGAAAAGAGAGAGGAAAUUUGAAAGGAAUUCCAUGAAAGAGAGAAGGGACAGAGGAGAGAAUGUUGUCUGUGGUCGCAUCUACACUGCAAAUAAUAAUAAUAAUAAUAAUAAUAAUAAUAAUAAUAAUAAUAAUAAUAAUAAUAAUAAUAUGAUGGGCACACUGGGUGCCGUGCCAAAAGAUCUCAGCCGGCAUUUGGAAACAAUAGACAAUGACAAAAUUACGAUCUGUCAACUGCAAAAGGCCACCCGACUGGGAUCUGCGCACAUCAUCCGAAAAUACAUCACACAGUCCUAGACACUUGGGAAGUGUUCGAAUUGUGAUUUUGUGAUAUGAAAUCCAGCAUGUCUAUCUUGUUUGCUGUGUCAUACAAUAAAAUAAUAAUAAUAAUAAUAAUAAUAAUAAUAAUAAUAAUAAUAAUAAUAAUAUAUCACACAGUCCUAGACACUUGGGAAGUGUUCGACUUGUGAUUUUGUGAUAUGAAAUCCAGCAUAUCUAUCUUGUUUGCUGUGUCAUACAAUAUAAUAAUAAUAAUAAUAAUAAUAAUAAUAAUAAUAAUAAUAAUAAUAAUAUAUCACACAGUCCUAGACACUUGGGAAGUGUUCGACUUGUGAUUUUGUGAUAUGAAAUCCAGCAUAUCUAUCUUGUUUGCUGUGUCAUACAAUAUAAUAAUAAUAAUAAUAAUAAUAAUAAUAAUAAUAAUAAUAAUAUAUCACACAGUCCUAGACACUUGGGAAGUGUUCGACUUGUGAUUUUGUGAUAUGAAAUCCAGCAUGUCUAUCUUGUUUGCUGUGUCAUACAAUAUAAUAAUAAUAAUAAUAAUAAUAAUAAUAAUAAUAAUAAUAAUAAUAAUAAUAAUAUAUCACACAGUCCUAGACACUUGGGAAGUGUCCGACUUGUGAUUUUGUGAUACGAAAUCCAGCAUAUCUAUCUUGUUUGCUGUGUCAUACAAUAAAAUAAUAAUAAUAAUAAUAACAACAACACGAUGUGACACGAUUUUCGUUCCUCCUGAUUGGUUCUAUUGUAAAAACAUGGGGAAAGUUUAUUAAACUUCAAAAGCUUUGUUUUUGCGGGAGGGACAGCACAUUUUGCUCUGGUUUUUAAAUGAAUAUCUCAUCAACCAAUUCAACCUAGUUUGUGGCAGCCACAAAACGAAGUUUCUGGAGUAUGGCAACUACAGCCAAAGUAAGACCUGCACAAUUAAACGGGAAAUAAUACUUUCAAUCCAGGAACAGAGUUUUGUUUUGUUUUGUUUUUCAAAUUCUGCUACAUAGUGUAAUGCGUUUGGUCAGUGUAAACUCAUAUAAUGCAGUUCAGUGCAGUUAAACUGCAUUGUUUGAAUCUACACUGAUAUUAUUAUUAUUAUUAUUAUUAUUAUUAUUAUUAUUAUUAUUAUUAUUAUUCUACUACUAGCUGUGCCCGGCCACGCAUUGCUGUGGUGAAGUGUGGUGGUAUGGGAAAUAAAGUACAGUAUUGAGAAAUUGGUGGUAGUUAGUACAGUAGAGUCUCACAUAUCCAACGUUCUGGAUUAUCCAAUACAUUUUUGUAGUCAAUGUUUUCAAUGCAUUGUGAUAUUUUGGUGCUAAAUUCAUAAAUAUAGUAAUUGCUACAUAGCAUUACUGCGUAUUGAACUACUUUUUCUGUCCAACUUGUACAACAUGAUGUUUUGUUGCUUAAUUUGUAAAAUCAUAACCUAAUUUGGUGUUUAAUAGGAUUCUACUUAAUCUCUCCUUAUUAUCCAACAUAUUCGCCUAUCCAACGUUCUGCCGGCCCGUUUAUGUUGGAUAAGUGAGACUCUACUGUAUAUGUUAUUUCCUAAAGCUUGUUAAUAUGCAAUAUUUCUGGUUGUUCCGGGUUUUUUUUUUGUUUUUUUUGUAUGUUGGAGGCAAGUAUUAAUGCUGCAAUUAGCCAGAAUGAUUAGCAUGUAAUGGCCUUUCAGCUUCAAAGCCUGGCUGCUUCCUCCCUGGGGGAAUUUUUUGUUGGGAGGUGUUAGCUGGCCCUGAUUGUUUCAUGUCUGGAAUUCCCCUGUUUUCAGAGUGUUGUUCUUUAUUUACUGUUCUGAUUUUAGAGUUUUUUAAUACUCGGAGCCAGUUUGUGUUCAUUUUCAUGGUUCACAGCAACACAGUAAUAAUAUUAUUAAUAAUAGUAAUAAUAAUGACUGGUAGUACACACUAGGCUUAUACUCGAGCAUAUAGAGUAUAUGUGUGUGUGUGUGUGUGUGUGUGUAUAUAUAUAUAUAUAUAUAUGUGUGUGUGUGUGUGUGUGUGUAUGUAUAUAUAUAUACACAUACACACACACACACAUACAUACACUCCACUUGCAUCUACCAACAGAACCUCUGAGGAUGCCAUUAGCCACAUGUGCAGGCAAAACGUCAGGAGAGAAUGCUGCUGGAACAUGGCUAGAGAGCCCGAAAAACUCACAGCAACCCAGUGAUUCUGGCCAUUAAAUCCUUCGGUAAUUCUCUUCGUAUGUGUGGCACUUUCUCCUUCAAGAAAGACAACCUUCUCCAACCUCCAGAUGAGUUGGAUGACAACUCCUAUCAUCCCCGACUACUUGGACAUUACACCAGGUUGGGAACAAGAACUUUUUCAUUUUCCCAUAAAUCCAUUGAAGACUAUAUACCAGCACUGGUAGCCAGCAGGGCGUCAUGGUUGAGCAUUACACUAUUAGGGACCUGGGUUCGAAUCUUUGCUCAGCCUUGGAAACCCAUUGGGUGGCCUUGGGCAAGUCACACUCUCUCGGCCUCAUCUUUUUGUGCGCACCCUUUUUAAUCUCUUCUUUUUCUCACUUUUAACGCCACGCACGCACAGAUAUUGCUUGCCAAAAUGAUACCUUUCCUUCGCCAACGUAGUUACAGAAACUUUUAUAUAUAUAUAUAUAUAUAUAUAUAUAUAUAUAUAUAUAUAAAAUUUAAUUUAAUUUUGUCUCACAUCAGAUUGGUCCACACUGUAUUAACUGUUGUUGUUUUUUUGUAUGGCGGGUGAAUGACCGUUGCUUGGUUGGUCGAAUAGGUCUCUCGAACUUUCUUACUGUAAUAAUUUAUUGGAUGUCAGUCAUGUAUUUAUUAGUUACCAGAUGUUAAUAAAGUGCCCGCUUUUUUUUUUC